AUGAAAGUCCUCGGAAUCGAUUUCAGCUGUGCUUUAGGGGCUCUUAGCAACGGCCAGUUUCCCGAGAAGGAUUGCUUGCUUCCACUUAUUUCCACGCUCCUCGGCUACGCCAUCGUCGCCGCUUCCACCACCGUCAAACUCCCUCAGAUAUUAAAGAUUUUGGAAAAUGGAAGUAUCAGAGGUCUUAGUAUCUUGUCCUUUGAGCUUGAACUAGUUGGUUACACGAUUGCUUUGGCAUAUUGUCUUCAUGGAGGGCUUCCCUUCUCAGCUUAUGGGGAACUGGCUUUUCUUUUGAUCCAAGCUCUAAUAUUAGUUGCCAUUAUGUACUAUUACUCCCAACCUGUGAGCAUCAAAAGAUGGAUGACGGCAUUACUAUAUUGUGGUAUAGCACCAACCAUAUUAGCAGGUCGAAUUGAUCCUGUUCUAUUUGAAGCUCUAUAUGCAUCACAACAUGCAAUUUUUCUCUUUGCCAAGAUCCCGCAGAUAUGGCAGAACUUUUCUAACAAAAGUACAGGGGAGCUCAGCUUCUUAACGAACUUUAUGAACUUUGGAGGUUCUAUGGUGAGAGUUUUCACCAGCAUCCAAGAACAAGCUCCAAAAAGUGUUUUGUUGGGCUCUGUACUUGGUGUUGCAACAAAUGCCAUCCUCCUGAGUCAGAUACUUAUAUACCAAAAGCCAAAAUCUCGUGCUGAGAAGGAGAAGAAAACGGAGUAGAAGAAUGAUGCCUCCAGAUAUAAAUAGCUUUGCUUCAGUAGGAUUCAACAGUUGCAGCAAGCGAGCCAGUGUUUCUACGGGUGGUCACUACCAGUUACUAGAAAGAAGACGACAAUAUUCAUCUAUUUGAUAGUCUUCUCAUAUGAACCUUGGGUUUAUUUUGUUUUUGCCAAACAGUGAAUGAUGGUGGAUUCCUCCUUUACUUCUUUUCCUUUUUCAAAGUUCGAUGUAGUUUCCUUCUUUUGUCGCUUUAA